CCUUACCGAUCGCACCAAUUGACAAGUUAUUUGGAAGAUGAUCCGACUCCACUCAAUUUUCCCCGACGUCGGACUCUUUUUUUCUGCCAAGACCCGCAUCGAGUCAUAGUCACAGCCCCUCCAUACAACUCAAUCAACUCGAAUGCACAGUAAACGAAACACACGCUCACCCCUCAAUUGCACCCAAUUCCUCCAAGGGAACAUUGAAUCAUCGGAGGCUUCUGAUUCGCAAUUCUUCCCCCCCUCCUUUGCCCAUCAUGGCCGCCUCCUUCCUCAUUAGAACCCCUUGCUCCUCCGCCAACAUCGGCCCCGGCUUCGAUGUGAUCGGCCUGGCCCUGUCCCUCCAUCUCGACAUCCACGUCACUGUCGACCCGACCAAGGGCUCCUCCACACUCCCGCUUAACUGCGCCAUCACCUACGAGGACCAGAGCAAGUCUACCGAGCAGAUUAGUCUCGACCCCGAGGUUAACCUCAUCACCCGCGUCGCCCUCUAUGUCCUCCGUUGCCAUAACCAGCGCGCUUUCCCUGUCGAGACUUCCGUGCACAUUGUGAACCCUAUUCCGCUGGGUCGGGGUCUGGGAUCGUCGGGUACGGCCGUUGUUGCCGGUGUAAUGCUGGCGAACGAGGUUGGCAAGCUGGGCUUGAGCAAGGACCGCCUGCUCGAUUACUGCUUGAUGAUUGAGCGACACCCUGAUAACGUCGCUGCAUCCCUAUUCGGUGGCUUCGUGGGUACCUACCUGAACGAGCUGAAGCCCGAGGACGUUGCGCGCAAAGAGAUCCCUCUCAGUGAGGUCCUGCCUGCGCCCGCCGGUGGCAUCGAUACCGGUUUCAAGCCCCCGGAGCCUCCAUUGGGCAUUGGUCACUACCGCAAGUUCGACUGGGCCCCGGAGAUCAAGGCCAUUGCUAUCAUCCCAGACUUUGUCGUGCCGACUGCCAAUGCUCGCAACGUGCUUCCCCAGACGUACACCCGGGCCGACGUGGUCUUCAACCUCCAACGCGCUGCCCUCCUCCCCGCCGCCCUGGGUAGCUCCCCACCAGACCCAGACAUGAUCUACCUCGCCAUGCAGGACAAAGUCCACCAGCCAUACCGCAAGACCCUCAUCCCCGGUCUGACCGAAAUCCUGCAAAUUAUGACCCCGGCCACCCAGCCCGGUCUUCUGGGUAUCUGCCUGUCCGGCGCGGGACCAACCAUCCUGGCCCUGGCCACGGAUCGCUUCACCGAGAUCGCUGACCGCAUCAUCGCCCACUUUGCCACUAACAACAUCACUUGUCAGUGGAAGUUGCUUGAGCCUGCUCAGGAUGGUGCCACUGUUACUGCGAAAUAGAGCUGUCCCUGAGGGAUGGGAUGCUCCCUGUUCUUCCCCCGCGUCAUCACGUCGAUCGUUGCGCUGUAACUGGUUUGCGAUCCGAGUAUGAUGCACGAGUGCGCUGAUGUAUGUGUGGAUGCGCAUAUGGCAGCGAGCUGGGAGCCACGAGGGCUCGGUCCUCUCUGAUCGAGCCGGGGAGGGAGCGUAAGGCAAAGGAGUCCCUCGAAAACCAAGAGCAUUGGCUGGCGGGGACGAGUGCAUCCACGCCCCAUUACUUCUCGAGCCAUGUGUCGGUAUGCGAGAUGUAAGGUUUCGUUCACCGCUGCUUCUUCAUGCUAUGCAUUGCAGCUGCAUGUAUGCUGGGGAGAUGAUCCUUUUACUUAUAUUUUUCAUUUAUCCUUGAUUGAUCAUUUUAGCCUGGGAAAGUUAUGGCUGUUUGUGGGAGGUCGAGCGCUUGGUUGCUUGCCAUUGAUAUGAGUGGUCGCUUAUUCUAUUCUGAAGUAUGAUAUGCGGACCGGGUUCUAUGGAGAUAGACAUACGGAGUACAUAGAUGAAUCAUGAGCAACACGUCACUAUUUUUUUCGGGA